CGGCCUCUGUGCUCUGAUUUGGGGUUUUGGAGAGAAUAGGAGACCCUUCUCUAUCCACGAUGUGGGGGAUCAGAAGCAAAUCAAGGGAGUGCAUUUCUGUGCACAUUGGCCAAGCCGGCCUUCAGAUUGGCAAUGCAUGCUGGGAACUCUUCUGCUUGGAGCAUGGCAUCCAACCGGAUGGCACCUUUUUGGACCAACAGAAAACGGGCAGCUCUGCCGACUCCUUUGAAACGUUCUUCAGCGAGAGCAGCAAUGGGAAGCACGUGCCACGGGUCAUUUUGGUGGAUUUGGAGACCACGGUAGCAGAUGAGAUCCGGGGAGGAAUUUACCGACACCUGUUUCACCCAGAACACUUUAUUACGGGUAAAGAGGACGCAGCAAAUAAUUACGCCCGAGGACACUACACUGUUGGGAAAGAAAUCAUUGACCUGGUGCUGGAUCGGAUACGGAAGCUGACUGACGCCUGUUCCAGCCUGCAGGGUUUCCUGGUUUUCCACAGCUUCGGAGGAGGAACCGGUUCUGGGUUCACCUCUCUUCUCAUGGAGCGACUGUCCCUGGAUUAUGGGAAGAAGUCCAAGCUGGAGUUUGCUAUAUAUCCAGCACCGCGGAUCUCCACGGCAGUGGUGGAACCCUACAACUCAAUCCUGACGACGCACACUACUCUGGAACAUUCAGACUGUGCCUUCAUGGUAGACAAUGAGGCCAUUUAUGACCUGUGCCAUCGAAACCUGGACAUUGAGCGGCCAACCUAUAUGGUACUGAACAGGCUCAUUAGCCAGAUCGUCUCCUCCAUCACGGCCUCCCUGAGAUUCGAUGGUGCCCUCAACGUAGACCUGACAGAGUUCCAAACCAACUUGGUGCCUUACCCACGCAUUCAUUUCCCUCUGGUCACCUAUGCCCCUAUCAUCUCAUCAAACAAGGCUUCCCAUGAGCAAUUAUCUGUGGCAGAUAUCACCAAUGCUUGCUUUGAGCCGUGUAAUCAGAUGGUGAAGUGUGACCCCCGCCACGGGAAGUACAUGGCCUGCUGUUUGCUUUAUCGUGGUGAUGUGGUGCCCAAAGAUGUCAACGUGGCAAUUGCCUCUAUAAAGACUAAGAAAAACAUACAGUUUGUAGAUUGGUGUCCCACUGGAUUCAAGGUGGGCAUUAAUUACCAGCCUCCCACCGUGGUGCCAGGAGGAGACCUUGCCAAGGUUCAGCGUGCAGUCUGCAUGCUCAGUAACACCACGGCCAUCGCUGAGGCCUGGGCACGGCUAGACCACAAGUUUGAUUUGAUGUUCGCCAAGCGUGCCUUUGUACACUGGUACGUUGGCGAGGGCAUGGAGGAGGGCGAGUUUUCAGAGGCUCGAGAGGACUUAGCAGCCCUGGAGAAAGAUUACGAGGAGGUGGGAAUAGACUCGAUUGAGGACGAGAAUGAAGGAGAAGAAUAUUAAGAAUAUUGAGACUUUCAUGUUGGGUCUUGCAAGACUUUUUCUAAAAUAAAAAUACCUCAACUGAG